AUGAUGGAUAUUGACGUACGGCUAAAGGCUUAUCGGCUCGUUGCCUUCUCUGCUGUCGCUUUUUGCGUUCUUUCCGUCGUUUCGGUAUGCAUCACCCUUCCGAUGGUCUACAACUAUGUCACCGGAAUGAGAGUUCGUCUUACCCAAGAGGUCUCCUUCUGUAAACACUCUGCCGACGAGGUCUUCUCCGAGGUCAACCAUCUUCGCGCCUCCGUCGGAUCCAACCAGAACUCUACCCGUAACGCUCGUCACGCCGGAUACGGAGGUGGUGGCUAUGCUCAACCACAACAGCCAGUGUUCCCACCACAAGGAGGAGGUGGAGGUGGAGGUGGAUGCUCCACAUGCUGCCGUCCAGGAGCUCCAGGAGCCGCUGGAACUCCAGGAAAGCCAGGACGUCCAGGAGCGCCAGGAGCAUGGGGAAUGCCAGGAAAUCCAGGAAAAGGAGGAAGCAGCGGACCAUGUCAUCCAGUCGUUCCAACUCCAUGCAAACCAUGCCCAGGAGGACGUCCAGGACCACCAGGACCACCAGGACGCCCAGGAUCCGAUGGACAACCAGGAAGACCAGCUGUCGGAGGAGGAUCCUCUCGUCCAGGACCACCAGGACCAAAGGGACCACGCGGACAACCAGGAAACGACGGACGACCAGGAGCACCAGGACAGCCAGGAGCCGAUGCUCACGGAUACGGAGGAGGUGUCGCCCCACCAGGACCACCAGGACCACGUGGAGCACCAGGACAAGCCGGACAGCCAGGAAGCUCAGGAGGUGGUCGCCCAGGACCAGCUGGACCAAAGGGAGCACCAGGACAGCCAGGACGUCCAGGACCAGACGGACAUCCAGGACAACCAGGACGUCCUGGACAAUCGGGAGGAGCUGGAAACCGUGGAGUGUGUCCAAAGUAUUGCGCCUUGGAUGGAGGAGUCUUCUUCGAAGAUGGAACUGUCCGCAGAAAAUGUCCUACUGUAUCGAAAAACGAAAAAUUUCAGAAAUUGCGAAAAAGGAUAUCUCUGGCUUGGCAGGGCGUAUCGUCGAUAUUCGGAGGAACUCCCCGAAAUGAUCCAAACGAUAUUGAUGCUAUUCUAUCCGAAAAUAUAGGAGUCAAGAACAGUUCCGGCGUGAAUCCAAUGCGAAGUGUUGCUCGUACGAUCCCCGGUCCCUCUGUUCAAAUGGAUCGUGCUCAAGCAGGUGGUGUAUCAGCUGGACAGGCGGCUGCAAUGGCUCUUCAGAAUUUGAAUGAAAGAACGGAAAAGUUGAAUGCAACAGUAGAUGCUACUGAAAAUCUGAAGAACAAUGCAAUGAGUUUGUCAUCAAGAACUGGAAAACUCGUGGAGAAAUAUGAGAAGAAGAAAUGGUACAACUUCUAA